AUGUCGACUCAAGAUUUUGUUGGAAGAUGGAAACUCGUCGAAUCCGAAAACUUCGAAGAAUACAUGAAAGAAGUUGGAAUUGGUUUCAUCACCAGAAAAGCGGUGGCCAAUUUGAAACCAAUUUUGGAAAUCAAAGUUGAAGGAGAUGUUUGGCAUUAUAAUCAUUAUUCGACAUUUAAAAACACUUUAAUGUCUUUUAAACUUGGAGAGGUAAGGAAAAGCUACGGUAGUUUGUAGUUUCUGAGUUUUAAGGAAUUCGAAGAGACCACCGGAGAUGGACGAACUCUCAAAUCAUUGGUGAUUUUCGAGAAUGGAAAAUUUGUCCACACUCAAAAGAAGAUCAAGGACUCGGACAAGGAUUCGACAUUCACUCGAUGGAUUGAGAAUGGACAACUCAUUAUCACUCUACAAUCAGGAAGUGUUGUAGCUCGUCGUGUUUUUUUGCGAGAAUAA